CGUUGCUCGAUCUAGUUUCCGCAUUACCGAAAUCUUUUUCCAAAUAAAUAACAAAAUUUUACGUGUAAUUUUUGUAAGAAUUUUUUCAAUAAAUUCCUUAUAAGAUGAGAUGCUAAAUUAGGGUUCUUGAUUCCUUUCUCUGCAAAUUGGUCGAUUUUUUUCCCUUUUAAUUUUUUUGUUGUUGUUCCUAUUUGAAGUUGAAGCAAAAUCGUGGCGUUUGGCGUAUAAGUAAUAAACAGGCUCAACAUUUUCUUGUUUUCGGUUUCCUAACUUUUUCUGCUUUUCACCGAUCGUUUUUCUUCAGAAUCUCCCCACGUUUGGGAACCUUUUCGAAGUUCUUUCGCUUUUUUUUUUUUUGGCUCUGAUAUUUGCGCAGCACUUGGUUCUGUGUCAAAUCGAGCCAAACUUGUUUCUGCAUUAUCAUUAUCAUCAAAAACAUUCCCUCGUUUCCAGCAAAUUGGAAGUAAUAUGAUGUCCUUCUGUGGCUAAGGGUCGGAGUAGUUGGAUCUUUAAAGCUUAAAAAAGGAUAUAGUGGAGAGGGAUGGACGUUGUUGCUCUUUUAACUUCUGCCGGAAUCAAUAUAGCCAUAUGUGUUGUGCUUCUGUCAUUGUAUUCCAUACUGAGGAAACAACCAAGCAAUGUAAGUGUGUAUUUUACCCGGAGGCUUGUUUCAGAACCAGUAAAGCGCAAUGAACCUUUCUGCUUUGAAAGAUUUGUUCCCUCUGCAAGCUGGGUCAUGAGGGCCUGGCUAGCAACUGAUGAAGAAAUAUUGGCUGUCGGUGGUGUGGAUGCUGUAGUUUUCAUGAGAAUAGUUGUUUUCAGUAUUCGGGUAUUCAUCAUUGCUGCUAUGAUUUGCAUUUUUCUAGUGCUUCCAGUAAACUAUUAUGGACAAGAAGAAAUGCUGCACAAGCAAAUCCAUGCAGAAUCACUGGAAGUAUUUACAAUUGGAAAUGUAAAAGAAGGUUCAAAAUGGCUUUGGGCCCAUUGUCUUGCAUUAUACGUCAUAUCCUGCUCAGCUUGUGUUCUACUUUACUUUGAAUAUAAAAGUAUCACUAAAAUGAGGCUAGCACAUAUUACUGGAUCUCCUCCCAAUCCAAGUCAUUUCACAGUUCUAGUCCGUGGCAUCCCAUGGUCUCCGGAUCAUUCGUACAGUGAUUCAGUGGAAAAGUUCUUUUCAACUUAUUAUCCAGCAAGCUAUGUGUCCCACCAGAUGGUAUAUCAGGCUGGUACAGUUGAUAAAUUAAUGAAGGAUGCAGAGAAGAUGUACAGAAUGCUAAAAACCAUUGAGCCACAGUGUAAAAUGAGAUCUAUGCCAUGUUGUCUUUGUGGAGGAAUGACACAUUCCUUUAAGGUGCUUAACAAUGAAGCAGAAAGUGUUAAGAGUAAAACCAGCGUUGAUGGGUUGCAACCAACUCAAAGAGAAAAGGAAUGUCCAGCUGCUUUUGUUUUCUUCAGGACUCGCUAUGCUGCUGUUGUUGCUGCACAAGUUCUUCAAUCAUCAAAUCCCAUGUUAUGGGUGACACAGCUAGCCCCAGAGCCAGAUGAUGUUUAUUGGUCAAACCUCUCCAUACCGUACAAACAAGUUUGGCUUCGUAAAUUAGCAACUCGUUUAGGUGCUAUUGCUUUUAUGUUCGUGUUUCUUGUUCCAGUUACCUUUGUGCAAGGCUUGACUCAACUAGACCAGCUAUCACAUGCAUUUCCAUUUCUUAAAGGAAUUUUAAAACAGAAGUUCAUGAACCGGCUGGUAACAGGUUACCUACCAAGUGUGAUUCUGAUAUUAUUUUUGUAUACUGUUCCACCAACCAUGAUGCUGUUUUCCACAAUGGAGGGAAAUGUUUCGCGUAGUGAGAGGAAAAGGAGUGCAUGCAUUAAAGUUUUGUACUUCACAAUCUGGAAUGUUUUCUUUGUUAAUGUUCUUUCUGGAUCCGUAAUCAGACAAUUGAGUGUUUUCUCAAGUGUUAGAGACAUACCCAUACAACUUGCCAAAGCAGUGCCAACCCAGGCUACGUUCUUCACGACUUACGUGUUAUCAUCAGGUUGGGCAAGCUUGUCCUGUGAAGUAAUACAACUUUUUGCUCUUCUUUGCAAUGUGUUCAGAAAAUUUAUACUAAGAAUUGAGGAUGAUCCAUCUAAUUGUGCUCUAACCUUCCCUCACCAUACUGAAAUUCCGCGACUUCUUCUGUUUGGACUCAUUGGCUUCACUUGUUCUGUCAUGGCACCCUUAAUAUUGCCCUUCUUGCUGGUUUACUUCUUUCUCGCUUUCCUUGUCUAUCGGAACCAGAUUCUCCAUGUAUAUGUAUCAAAAUAUGAAAGUGGGGGAAAGUUCUGGCCCAUUGUUCACAACACAACAAUAUUCUCUUUAGUGUUGACACAAAUUAUUGCCCUUGGGGUCUUUGGCAUAAAAAGAUCACCAGUUGCUUCUGGUUUCACCAUUCCCCUGAUACUUUUCACUCUUCUGUUCAAUGAGUACUGUAGGCAGAGGUUUUCCCCUGUUUUUAAGAGGAGUCCUGCACAGGUUCUUAUAGAGAUGGAUCGACAAGACGAACAGUGGGGGAGGGUGGAUGAAAUUUAUAAUCAGUUCCGUUCAGCCUAUUGCCAGGCCCCGUUAUUUUCUCUAGACUUGUCCACAGCCGGGAGCACCGGGCACCAUAAAGAUAAGAAGAGUUCCCAAGAUCCAGAGUCACUGAAUCCAGUGGGCCGUUCAUCGCACUUCUGAAGGAGAGGGCCUAGAACGAAGUGAACCUGUUCAUUCUUCUGUUACCAUCAUGUGCAAACAAAGUCAAUCUAUGGUCGUUCCAGGACCCAGUUCUCUGUUAAUUUAGGAAACAUUGAUAGAAACAUCCGUAUAGAGGCUCUGUUAAUGGUGACAAUAGGGCAUUGGAAGCAGUACAUAAGGUGACAGUUUUUGUUGUACAAAUGAAUUACUUUUCUGUUUUACUUUUCACACUUUAUGGGGCAGAGAUAAUCAGACAAAAAGCCCGAUGAUAUGUAUACUCUACAUUGUACAGUUUUAAAGGAAAGUGUUCUAUCUUGUGGAUAUU